AACCGAAAAAAACAAAAAACUCAAAGAAAAUCAAGAAAAGCUAUCUAUCUAUCUAUCUUCCCGUACUGUACAUUAAAAAGACUCGAACAGCGAGCUACAUAAUAUAAAUGCAAAGUAAGAAACCAAAAUGAUGGUUCAGAUAUGAGACGAUCCAUUUGGAUUAUUCAAGAUUUCCACCUUCAUGUCGCAAAGGUGGAGCUUAAUUAUUGUGGCAAAAGAUGUACCAGUUUUUAUGAAAAGAGGCCCAAGAAGAGAUAGCACCUCCUUAGUCAAAAGAAGAUGAAAGCCGAGGCCCCUCUUGAUUAUGCGGUAUUCCAAUUGUCACCAAGGCGUACAAGAUGUGAAUUGUUUGUUUCAAGUGAAGGAAACACCGAGAAACUGGCUUCAGGGUUAGUGAAGCCAUUUGUGACACAUUUGAAGGUUGCAGAAGAACAGGUUGCAUUAUUGGUUCAGUCAAUAAAGCUUGAAGUUCAGAAAUGUAUAAAUGCCAAAACAUGGUUCACUAAAGGAACGUUUGAGAGGUUUGUGCGGUUUGUUAGUACACCUGAGGUUUUGGAAUUGGUCAAUACCUUAGAUGCUGAGAUGUCUCAAUUAGAAGCAGCUCGGAGAAUCUAUUUCGAGGGAGGCGGAGAUCAGCUUUCAAGUACAUUGGGUGGGAGUGGAACCAGGACUACAGCCGCUGCUGAUGCAACAAAGAAGGAACUUUUGAGAGCCAUUGAUGUACGACUUGUUGCAGUUAGGCAGGAUUUAGCCACAGCUUAUGCUCGUGCUAUUGCUGCUGGCUUUAACCCAGAGACAGUAAUGGAACUUCAACUGUUUGCAAAUCAGUUUGGUGCCCAUCACUUAAACGAAGCUUGCUGCAAAUUCAGAUCCUUGUGCGAGAGAAGGUCGGACCUGAUCAACCCAUGGAAGGCAGGAGUGAAGGUUCGAGCCCUCCCGUCCUCAUAUGGGUCGGACAUGUCCAUCGACGAAGAUGUUGCUACCACUCAACAAGAACAACAACAACAUCCCGGGCCCCACCAACCCCAAAGCCAACACCUCCAAGACGAUAGACACCUGACCGGCCGAGAACUAGAGGCAACCCAACUACCCCUCGAGCAUUCAAAGCCCUCCACGUGUCAGCAACCUAAGCCUUCGUUCCCAUUACGAUGUAGUAGAGAAUCAAGCGUCGAGAAAGACGAUAGCAUAGAAGACGUCGGGGCUGUUCCUGUUCAGAAAGAAGAGGGUUCAAAUAAAGUAGAGUCCUCUCAGAAGGGUCAGCCUGCGAGGCGGCUUAGCGUACAGGAUCGGAUUAACCUGUUUGAGAACAAACAGAAAGAAACUUCCAGUAGUGGUGGCAAGCCUGUUGUUGUUGGGAAGUCUUCUGAACUUCGGAGACUCUCGUCGGAUGCGUCCUCUGCUGCUUCGGUCGACAAGUCGGUGUUGAGGAGAUGGAGCGGUGUUAGUGACAUGAGUAUUGAUCUGAGUGGAGAAACGAAGGAUAUUGAGAGCCCUCUAUGCACGCCAUCCUCUGCCUCUGUUUCGCAGACCAAGUUCGAGGACCGAAAGGGAUUGAAUGACACAGCAACAUCUGCAAAGCCCGAAUUCAAAAUAGUUCCAGGGAGGGUUAAUGAUAUUGGGUUGAGAGAGCAAGCUGAUUAUCAGAGUCGGGUUGGAGUUACCUCUGGAAUAGAAGAGGUGGUGACAAAUUCUGGUACUCAGUUGACGGUUUCUUCUGGUAGGUCAGGAGAUGCUUACGAGUCUAACAAGUUGACUUCUACUUCGGGAACAGUUGAAAUUGAUGGUUUGAAUGAUCAACCACCGGGUAAGACUCAGUCUCGGUUGUUGGGCAGGGCUGAGGAUAGCGGAUUGAAGGAUCAAUCAACUUCUCAACCACAAAUCAGAUCUUUGCCUGGGCGUAGAGCAGAACACCAAUUUGGUUCGUUGGAUCAAGGGAACUACGGGGGUUCUGUCAUUGUUGACAAACAUGGUGCCAUCAAGCAGCACGUAGUUUCCGGAGUGCAGGCUACUCCUCAGACCCAGUCUGGAGCUUUUGCAAGUAGGGGUGGUGACAAGAGAUCCAACAGUGAAUCAUCUCAACUUUUGCAUACUGAAAUUCCAGACCAAGUGGAGGGUGUUGGAUUGACAGAUCAACCUGUUUCUCGACCACGUUUGAAGGCCUCUGUGAGGACUGCUGUGGAAUCUGGGAUAUUGGAAGGUGGCUUUGGAUCAAAAAUUGGAGAAGCCUUUGCUUCCCAGUAUAAAGCAACUGAGGGUGACUCACAUUCUCAGACCAGGUUGAGAUCCUUAGGAGAACUUGAGGAAGUUGGAAUUCCUUCUGAGAAGCAAUCUGGCAGUUCUGUGGUCACAGUGGCAGAUUCUGGACUCCUAAAAAUGAAGUUCCCAAAUCAAUUUUCUGCCUCUAACCAUGUCAAUAAGUCACAACAAGGUAGGAGGGAUGAAAGCAGUGUCUAUGGUAAUAGCAGGACACGUUCCUCUGGUAAAAUGGUUUCAGAUGAUCAGGAGAGCUUUGCUUCAAUUCUGAUGCCACCUGCAGAACCACUUCAAAGAGUAAGGCCAUCUAAAGGAAAUCAGGAACUGAAUGAUGAGCUGAAAAUGAAAGCAAAUGAGCUUGAAAAGCUCUUCGCAGAGCAUAAACUUCGAGUUCCUGGAGAUCAGUCCAACACUGCACGGAAAAGCAAGCCUGCCGACAUGCAAAGUGAACCAGAAGCAAGCUCACCUGACAGGAAAUCAGUGGCAGAGAUUACUCCUGUACAAUAUUCUGCCAAGAACACGUUGACCGACCCUGCUGGAAGUUCCAGAAAUGUGGCCAAAUACAAUGGUAGUUUGGCAACGAAAAAGGUUGACAAUCAGGAUUAUAUUGAUGCUUUGAAUCAGAAUUUUUCUGAGCUUGGUUCUUCGGGUGAUUCUAGAGGAAAAUUCUAUAAUAGCUAUAUGCACAAAAGAGAUGCAAAACUUAGGGAAGAAUGGGGUGCCAAAAGAGCAGAGAAGGAAGCCAAGUUAAAGGCCAUGCAGGACAGCCUCGAGAGGAAUAGAGCUGAAAUGAUGGCCAAAUUUUCAGGAUCUGCGGAUAGUCAGGAUUCAGUGUCCAGUGCUCGUCGACGUGCAGAGAGACUCGGAUCCUUUAAUAGUAGUGCAACUCUAAAAAGGGAGCAGCAGCCAUUAGAUUUUAUGCAAAGUGAAGAUGAAGGUAUAUCUGAAUUUGCAGAACGGAAGUGUUUAGAUCAAGAUAGGUCUUUUAGUGAGACAACUUUGGCGGAUAGUGCUUCCAGGAGCAUCCAAGGUAAGAAGCUUUUACCCAAUAAAAGUUCCUCUUCGUCCUUUCCUCGGACCACUGUGGCACCACCAGUCCCAAGGUCUGCUGUCAAACCUUCCAAUCCCAGUUCUGGGAAAAGAAGAAUGCAAUCUGAAAAUCCUCUUGCACUGUCAGUCCCGAACUUCUCUGACUUGAGAAAAGAAAACACCAAACCGCCUUCUGCAGCUAGCAAAAUCCGUCCGCAAUUGAGAAACUAUGCCCGCAGCAAAAGCUCCAGUGAAGAAAUACCUCUUGUAAAGGAAGAGACGCCACGUCGAUCACCACCCUCGAGGAAAAGCUCUGCAAUGACUCCCUUGAAGUCUGAGGAUGUUGUUCUGGCACCACUAAAAUUUGACAGGGAGCAUCCUAAGCAGAGUCUCGAUGACAAAAUUUCGAAGAAUGUGGUGUCAACCUCUUUCCUUGGGAAUGGUAGAGGUCCAGGUGCUGUAGCUGAUGCUGCCAAACUGAAGGCCUCAAUGACAUCCGAGGCUAUGAGUUAUGAAGAAGAAUCUGAUGAGGCCACCUUCAUACACAAAGAUUCGGUCGAUGUUGUCAAAGAUGAAGAGGAGGAGUUUGAAACCAUUACUACUGAAGAUCAUGCAAGUCUGGAUAGUGGAGGACCAAGACUGAUCCAGGAAUCAGAGAAGAUGGCGAAUUCUGGAUUAGAAAAUGGUGAUGCCUUGAAACUGGACCCUUGUCCGGUUGCUGAAUUGCCUACUGCCGUGCCUUCAACCUUCUAUCCUGCUGUGUCUGUGCCAGGCUCACCUGGUGAAAGCCCUGUAUCAUGGAACUUGAGCAUUCAUCAUCCUUUUUCUUAUCCACAUGAGGCAUUUCAUAUUGAUGCAUCUGUGGACUUUCCUAUAGGGAAUCCUGCAGCUUGGAAUUCACAUUCUCUUAAUCAAGCAGAGGCUGAUGUGGCACGAAUGAGGAAGAAAUGGGGUAGUGCUCAAAAGCCAAGUCUUGCUACUUAUUCUUCCCAUAAUCAAUCUCGUAAGGAUGUGACAAAAGGAUUUAAACGGCUUCUAAAGUUUGGGAGGAAAAUUCGCGGCCCAGAAAGUUUGGUUGACUGGGUUUCUGCUACAACAUCGGAAGGAGAUGAUGAUAUGGAAGAUGGACGAGAUUCUGCCAAUCGGUCAUCAGAAGAUUUGAGGAAGUCAAGAAUGGGAUUCUCUCAAGGUCAUCCUUCUGACUAUAGCUUCAACGAGAGAGAGUUCUUUAGUGAACAAGUUCAAGCCUCAAACAGUUCUAUCCCAGCACCUCCGGCAAACUUCAAAUUAAGGGAGGAUCAUCUAUCUGGAAGCUCAAUCAAAGCCCCACGAUCAUUCUUUUCUUUGUCAUCAUUCCGAAGCAAGGGAAGCGACUCAAAGCUUAGGUGAUCACUUUUGAGAGGAAGUUUCACAACUCGAAGUGUUUGAGAUCAAAGAAUGAUAUAUACAUAAACAUCAGGUAGCGACAUAGGCGCUGGUCGGACCAUCUGCAAGAGAUAUACACUGGUACAAUGUACAUCCUGAUUGAUUUUUGAAGGCCUUUCUCAUGAUUUAGGCCGUGAUUGCGGUUGCGUCUUGAAAUAUUAUGUUGCAUAUUGCACUGAACAAAAAGCCACCAUUGGCAAAUGUUGUUGUGAUUUUGGUAGUCAUAGAAUUCUUUGUUUUUUCCAUCUUUGUCUUCAGUAUUUGUGUGAUGUAUAUCUAAAGUGAAGUCAUGUUAUGUAAGAUAUUGAUAAGAGAAACAUUACAGAUUUUGUGGUAAGAGUAACAUUACUUAUAAUC